AAUACUAUGUCAAUUAGUAAUGUUGUUGAAUAUUAUAUUGGUUCUAUGGACGUAUCUUGUGUUCAUUGCAAUGCAAAGCAUUUUGCAUCUGAAAAAGUAUCUAAUAAAGGAAACUCAUUUCACGAUUGUUGCAACCAUGGUGCAGUACAUUUACAACCAUUACCUGAAUUUCCUGAAUUACUUCGUAAUUUAUUCGAUUGUAGUCAUAUAAAAUCUAAUAAUUUUUUUCAACAUAUUCGUAGUUAUAAUAGUUCGUUUUUAUUUGCAUCAUUUAAUGCUAAUUUAAUUAACUUUAACAAUAGACGACCUGGUCCAUAUUGUUUCAAAAUACAAGGACAAAUUUAUUAUCAAAUUAAUACAGCAUUAUAUGCUGCACAAAAUGAAAGUCCUACUUAUGGUCAACUUUUUAUUGUGAAUUCUAAUGAAGCUAUAGAUCAUCGUCUUAAUCAAAAUUCAUAUUUAGAUUAUGAAAUUGUACAAAACCUUGAACAAAUAAUGCGAGAAUUUAAUGUAUUUGCUCAAUCUUAUCAAAUGAUGGGUGAAGAAUUAGAAAAUCAACAACGUUUACAAACGGAAUCAGGUGAAUUAUUACCUGAAUUACAAUUAUUAUUUACUUUAAAACCAGGUAUGAAUAGACGUCGAUAUAAUGCUCAAAGAACUAAUGAAGUUGCUGCUGUUUUUUGUACUACUGCUGAUGGAGAAAUUCCAGAGUCAUACGUUACAAUACGUAAUAGAACUAAUAAAACUUUACAAAAUGUUAGUAUUAUGGACCCAAAUGUUGAACCAUGGAUAUAUCCAUUGUUUUAUCCACAUGGUAUUUAAGGAUGGCACCGUUAUUUAACAAAAAUAAAUAGUAAUAGACGAAUAACUAGAGGACAGUAUAUUAAAUAUCGUAUAGCUAUUCGUGAUGAAUUUAAUGUUUUUUUAUUAGGACGUCGUUUAUUUCAGCAAUGGCUUGUAGAUAGUUAUGUAAAAAUGGAAAAAGAUAGAAUUGAUUAUUGUAAAAAUCAUCAAAAAGAAUUACGUUCCAAAAUAUACCAAGGAUUAAAAGAUUAUUUACAAACUACGGCGAAUAACUUAAAUGGACGUAUUGGAAAAAUGGUUAUACUUCCUUCCACAUUUAUUGGAUCGCCGCAUAAUAUGUUACAACAUUAUCAAGAUGCAAUGACAAUUGUUAGUAAAUUAAGCCAGACCUUUUUAUUACUAUGACUUGCAAUCCAAAAUAGCGUGAAAUCGAGGAAAAUCUAUUGUCUGGUCAACAAGCUUUUGAUAGACCUGAUAUUUGUGCUCGUGUUUUUAACCUUAAAAAAGAUUAUUUAAUUGAUUUAAUUGUAAAGCAAAAAUUUUUUGGUGAAGUAGCAGCAUUUGUAUUUGUUAUUGAAUUUUAAAAACGCGGUUUGCCACAUAUUCAUUUGUUGAUUACUUUAAAAUACAAUUUUAAAAUAACAACUCCACCAAUUGUUGAUAAAUAUAUUUCUGCUGAAAUUCCGGAUCCUGAUGAAAAUCGUAUUUUACAUGAUAUAGUUAUGAAACAUAUGAUUCAUGGACCUUGUGGCGAUUGGUGUUUAGUAGAUGGACGUUAUUCGAAACACUUUCCGAAACCAUUUCUCAAAGAGACUAGAAUGGAUGAAAAUGCUUAUUCUUACUAUCGUAGACGAAAUAAUGGUAGAAAUUUUGAACGUCCAGGUGGAUAUAAAGUUGAUAAUUGUUAUGUUGUUCCAUAUUGUCCUAUUUUAUCGAUUAUAUUUAAUUGUCAUAUUAACGUUGAAGUAGUUUCAAGUAUUAAAUCGGUUAAAUAUUUGUAUAAAUAUAUUUAUAAAGGACAUGAUGUUGCUGCUAUAACCAUUGAACCAGUAACAGAAAAUGUAAUUAUUGAUCAUGAUGAGAUACAUAAUUAUAUUGAAACUCGUUAUGUUGGAUCUGUAGAAGCCAUUUGGCGUAUUCUUGGUAAAAAAUUACAAGAUAAAAGUCAUACUAUAAUGCGUUUGCCAGUGCAUCUUCCUAAUGAAUAAAAUAUUAUAAUCAAAAAUGAAAAUAUUAACGACGUCAUGACAUCUGCUUUAAAUCAAGUUACUAUGUUAAUAGAUUAUUUCUCAUUAAACUUAAGAGAUGAAGAAGCGAGACAAUAUUUAUAUACAGAAAUUCCAUGCUAUUAUACAUUUAAAAAAGAAAAAAUUAAUAGUAGAAAUAUAUCACGUUGGGUUAAACGCAAAAAUCAUUUUAAUUGUGUAGGAAGAAUAUAUUCCGUUAGUCCAACACAAACAAAAUUAUAUCAUUUGCGAUUAUUAUUACUUACAGUAAAAGGGGCUACAAGUUUUAAUGAUUUGAAAACUGUAAAUGGAGAAUUUUGUCAAUCAUUUUCAGCGGCAUGUUUGGCUUUAGGUUUAAUUGAAGAUGAUGAUGAAUGGAAACGAGCUAUGAAUGAAGCUGUUGCAUGGAUGAUGCCUCGACAACUUCGUAGAUUAUUUGUACGUAUAUUAUUACAUUGUCAACCAUUACAUCCUGAAGAGUUGUAGGAAAAUUUUAAAGAAGCAAUAUCUGAGGAUUAUGUUCGACAUUUUGAUAUGUUACAAGGACAAAGAAAAGCCUAUGAACAAAUUGGUGCUAUGCUUGCUACAGAAGGACAAAGUUUUACAGAUUUUCCACAAAUGGAACAAAUAAUUGUAAAUAACGAAGAUGAGGAUUAUGUAACAUUGGAACAAGCUAUGGAAAUUGGUAAUACACAAUAUAAUCAAUUAAAUGAACAGCAAAAAGAAAUAGUUGAUUUAAUAUUAAACAGAUUAGAUAAUAACAAUCAUAAUAACAAUUAUUUUUAUAUUGAUGGUCCAGGUGGAUCAGGUAAAACAUUUAUAUACACAACUAUUUAUCAUUUAGCUAGAAUUAGAAAUAAACAUGUGUAUACAAUGGCUUUUACGGGUAUUGCAGCGACAUUAUUACCUACUGAAAAAACAGUUCAUAAGACAUUUGGUUUACCGGUUCCAUUAUUUGCUGAUUCUUCAUCUGCUAUUAAAAUACAAACUAAAGAAGCUCAAUAUUUGAAGGAAACUGAUAUUUUUAUUUGGGAUGAAGCACCAAUGGCACCACAAUAUGCUUUAGAAAUUAUGGAUAGAACAUUGCGUGAUAUUAUGAAUAAUAAUUUUCCCUUUGGCGGAAAAAUUGUUUUAUUAGGUGGUGACUUUAGACAACUUUUGCCUAUUAAAUUACAUGCUACUCGAAGUAAAAUUGUAAAUCUUUCUAUUAAAUUUAGUUUAGUUUGGAAAAAUUUUAUAAAAUUCUCUUUAACACAAAAUAUGCGAAUUCUUCGAGAGGAAAUUGAAUUUGCAAAGUUUUUGUUAGAUAUGGGAGAUGGCAAAUUAAAUGAUUUAAAUGAUAAUAUAGAAAUUCUUGAAUGUUGUGUAGCGCCUAUUAAUGUUGAUAUUGUUGAAGAUAUAUAUGGUGAUUUAAUACGAAAAAAGGAGUUUGACAAAGUAGCUAAAUGUGCGAUACUUUCUGCAAGAAAUGUUGACGUAGAUGAAAUCAAUAAAAAAGUAGUUGAAUUAUUUGAUACAGCUAAUGAACGAAUUUAUACAAGUAUAGACAGUGCUAUAAAUAGUGACAAUGGUGACAUUAGUGAAGCUUUGUUACCAGAAUAUUUAAAUAGUUUAUCUCCAUCAUCUCUUUCUCCACAUGAAUUGUGUUUAAAAUCAAAUUGUAUUAUUAUGUUGAUUAGAAAUCUUAGUAUCAAUGAAGGUUUUUGCAAUGGAACACGAUUAAUAAUUAUAGAACUUGGAGAUCAUUUAUUAAAAUAAGACAGUUUCCGAUAAAAUUAGCUUUUGCUAUGACAAUUAACAAAUCGCAAGGACAAACGUUUGAUAAAAUUGGUUUAGGUCUUUGUAAAGAUGUUUUUAAUCACGGGCAACUUUAUGUUGCUUUUUCACGAGUUCGUUCUUGGCAAUUAAGAGUUUACCUUGGUAAUCAACAAAAUAAUAGAUUCGUAAAAAAUUAUGUAUAUAAGAAAAUGUAUAUUUAACUUUCAAUGUUAUUUAUGAUACUAUCAUUAAAUAAAUUAAUUGCUCAAUUUUUAUCUAUCAAGAAAUAUACAAUUUAUAACAGACGGACUAUUUUAUUGUCCAAUCUUUUACAAAUUUAUAAAUUCUAACAAUAUUGUAUAUGUAUCAAGUAAUAAAUAAUAAAAAACCUGAAUAUAUGGAAUGUUUGCGUUUAAAAUUACUCUUAUAUUAAAUAUUUCAUGUAAAAAAAAUCAAAUACAUUUUAUACAUGUAGAUUAACAAAAACUAUAGGAA